UGAUUGCUGAAACGAGGGAAGCGGUAAAACCAAAACAGACGUAAAGGAAUGUCAAAUCUAUGAACUUCAAAGCAUUUUCCUAUCAAUUAUAAUUAAUUUUUUCUCCAUAAAGCCCAUGUGAUAUCUCAGAGACCUAAAGGAAGACAGAAUGUCACAUCUAUGGCAGCACCCAUAUGUAAAUGUUUUCAAGCAUUUUAACCUCUCGUCAUGGAAGAAGUCCACGAAAGAAGGCGAGGUUGCAUCCUCAAUGGACAAACAGUUAAAGGGCACAGUUUACAAAAUAACAGGCUCUAUUCCUGCAGGAAAUUAUAUCCAACUUCCUAAAACGUCAUCUCAGUCACUGGGCCUGUCAGGGAGAUACUUCUACUUGUUGUUCAAGCCGAUUCCAUCAAAAUACUUUGUUGUGCACAUUGAUCUGGUAACUCCAGAUAACCUUGUGGUUAGACUUUCAUUUUCAAAUUUGUUUAAAGAGUUCAAAGCCACUUCUACCUGGCUUCAAUUUCCAUUCUUGUGUAACACAGAUCGAGGUUGUGCCUUUGGAUAUGCCAGUGCUGGUAAUAAAGAAAAAGCUGGGCCAGCCCCAAUAUCCUCGAGGUGGACUGUGCUGUGCUUGGACUUCCAUUACAUCUUAUCCAUGUAUCUUAAUCGCAAAUUUUCCUACAUGAAGAGUGUAAAGCUGUGUGCAAACAUGCUUGUGAGGAACAUCUUUACAAGUGAUUUUUUGUAUGAACCAGGGCUGACAGUGGAGGAAGUGAAAAAAGCUGGUGGGAUUUCAAAUGGAAUGUCACCAAUGCCUAGAGAGAUGGCAUUCCCUUUGAUGAAAACUGACAAUUGGAGUGACCAUUAUGACCUCAUCAGAUUUCCUGCAGAGUUGAGUUCUAACCCAACCCAACCAAUGCCUUAUCCUCCUUGUAAAGGAAAUCCAGAUGAGAACCCUCGUCAUGUGGUUCCCAGGCUGGUAGAUGUUAGCAGAUGUACAACAGAGAAAGUCUCACUGAUUCACAGUCAGACCAGUUUACCCAAGCUCCCGGGGAAGAAGAUCACAGUGACCAAGGAGCUUCCCAGUGUGAAUGUGCACGACUUGUCCAUCAGUCGGGAUGAUAAUGGAGAAGUGCACAUAUAUGCUAACCCUAGCGACCAGGUGGUGGUGCACAGGCCAGACCAUGGCCCUGGCAAGGUGCAGGUGAUAUACAGGGAUAGAUCUGUGCACAUCCUGACAGAGAUAGGCGCUAAGGUGGCAGUUCACAGGGGGGCAUGCCGUUCUCAGAAAUCUGCCACAAAGAGAAUUGUAGAAGAUUUCUCUACUAAGAAAGAAUGCAAGACAUUAUUACCAGAUCCUAUCUUACAGCUGAAGAGAAUUAUUGGAUAUGGAGGUGCUUCUCAUAAAUAUUGUUUAUGGUCCAGUGAUGGGAAAGUGGUUGUUUACCCUUGUCAUGCUGUUGUUGUGGCCAUGAAUGUCAAUAGUGGGCAUCAGAGGUUCUUCAUUGGACAUACAGACAAGGUGUCGUGUGUAUCACUCACCAUCAAUGAUGCUCUCCUUGCCACGGGACAGACAGGAAGCAUGAGUGUGGUGAGGGUGUGGAACUUCAGGACUGGAGAAUGUCUGGCCAUGUGUAAAACACAUGUCCACUCUCUCCAUGCCCUUUGCUUUUCACUUUCUGGAAAUGUGUUAUGUGGUGUUGGCAAAGAUGGCCACAGUAAAAAUAUGAUUGUUCUUUGGAAUACAUCCAAAGUUAGCAAGACAAGGGAGAUAACUGUCAUUUCCAAGGCCCACACAGAUGUCGAUAUUCAGUGCAUGAAGAUUGCACCUUUUGAUGAAACCAGGCUGGUGUCAUGUGGCCGUGACAAUGUGAGAUUGUGGCGAGUGAAGGACGGCUGUCUGCGCUCAGGACCAGUCCAUCUAGCAGAAUACCACAACAUGGAGUUCACGGAUGUCUGUUUUGAGGCUGGCUAUAAUGCCAGGAAAGACCCUGCCGACAGGCUUGUAUAUGCCUGUAGUCGAACUGGCUACAUUGUUGAAAUUGAUUACCAGAAGCUUUCUAUUCGCCAUGUAAGACGUCUUCUUCCAAACGCGGGCAAAUCGAAACAGGAGAAACAGAGUUUCAACUCUGGUGGAGGUAUAUCAAUCAAUGGCAUGAAGAUAAAUGAGUCAUUUUGUGUCACUGGCUCAGAUGAUGGCUACCUUAGACUCUGGCCAUUGGACUUCAGUCGUGUCUUUUUGGAGGCUGUUCACGAGGGACCAGUAACGGCUGUGGACAUCUCUGCUGAUGGUACAAAGGUUUUAGCUGGCACUUCUUCUGGCAAUCUGGGUGUAUUGGAUGUAUGCAGUAGAGACUACACAACCAUAAUGAGAUCUCACACUAAGAAAAUCACCUCACUGUCAGUGGACCCAUACAGGAAGCACAUUGUGACUGUAGCAGAGGACCAUACCAUACGAGUCUGGGACUCUGACUCACUGCAGCAGCUGUAUGAUUUCAGUGCCCCUAAGGAGUGCCCAUGUGUGGUGUGUUAUCACCCUCUGGGUCAGAUCUUCUCUUGUGGCUUUGAAGGGGGCACUGUGAAAGUUUUCAAUGUCUCUACUACCAGUAUGUUAGCUGAACACAGGCAACACUGGGGUAAAGUCAUAGGACUAGCCUAUUCACCUAAUGGUGACUACAUGUAUAGCGUGGGAUCUCUGGGCUCCAUCGCACUAUACGACUGCUCUGACAACAGCUAUGAACUCAUCCGCUUGCUGGGCAACACUGUGGCUCGGGGAGAGAAGUUUGGGCCAGACGCUGUGGCGGUCAGUCCAAGGGGAGAGUACAUUGCCUUUAUAGGUCCCACAGAGUACACGAUAAGUGUAGCCAGUGGAAGGUCACUGGAUGAAGUGAUGAGGAUUGAUAUUACACACAUGAAUGUGGUUGAUAACAGCAGAACCGAGGUAGACUCAGCCCUCAAGGUGGUCUACACCCCAGAGAGCCUCAACCAGCUGCUGGUGACAACGGCCAGUAACAAACUACUCAAGUUCAAUGCCAAGACAGGCAGGCUGCUAGCAGAGGUUGAGCACAUCCAUCGUACACCUUGUACGUCAUUGGACACUACAGCAGAUGGAUGUUAUCUGGCAACAGCUGGGGACAGAGUUGUGAAAAUCUGGGAUUAUAACAUGAACCUAGACAUCAACUUUCAGGUGUUCAUUGGCCACUCAGAAGCUAUAAACCAAGUCCAGUUCAUGCCUGAUGGCCAAAGCUUCCUCAGUGCUGGGGAGGCCCUCUAUCUGUGGGACUUUCUGGCAGAUAAACAACCAACACCAUAUUUACCUGAAGGUAGAAAUUACCAGGAAAGAGAUUGGUUUCACAGCAAAGACAAUACUGAUAUAGUCACAAACAGCCCAGUUCGGAGAGUAUUUGACUCCUUCACGGAUUUACCAAGGCAGACACCUCCCAAACCAGCUAAAUAUGACUCACCUGUCCGUAUAGAUGACCUCAGUUCAAUCCACAGAGCCUCAGACACAGAUGAAGUUAAUUCUGAAGGCUCUGUGAAGGAAGCUGUUAUUGUUGGUCCAAGGAUACCACCACAAAAAGCGCCCUCUAGUGAUGAGGAUGAGGCUGUUGUCAUCAUCUCUAAAAGCUUUCAGGGUGAAAGUCCCCAUGUCAGACAGGUUAAAUCAUCCAACAUUUCUUCUGAAAGUAACACCCAGAAACAGAAAAGUGUACAUGUGGAAAAGCCAUCAGUGCACAAACACUUCAUACAGAGAGAGAAGAGUCACAGUCUUGCACAGAGACGAUACACAGCACCUCCAAACCAGGCAGGCCUGAAGUUGAAGUCUGUGAUAGGGUACAACGGGAAUGGAAGGGGAAACAUGGUGUGGCAGCCAGACUCAGGUUUGUUCAUUUAUACCAGUGGCUGUGUGGUCAUAGUGGAAGAUCUAAACACCAGCUCUCAGCAGUUCUUACAAGGCCAUGUUGAGGAAAUAUCCACAAUAGCCUUACAGAGUGAUUGUCAGGUGUUGGCCUCUGUGAGUGGGACAUUUGAGCAGAGUGCUUGUCAGUUGUGUGUGUGGGACCUUCCUCAGCUGGUCUGUAAGAGAAGCCUAACCCCGCCCCACUGUGAGGUGGUCUCGCUGGCUUACUCCAGGGAUGAUAGGUUCCUCUUGUCAGUUGGUGACUAUAGAGACUGCUCUGUCGUUGUAUGGAGCACAUAUGACUACACUGUCCUCACCCAGUCCACAGCCGCCAAGCCCAUACAUGAAGUCAGAUGGGACCCCUACACUGCUAAUGAGUUUGCCUCGGUGGGAGCCGGAGGUAACCUGUUAUUUUGGCUGCUGGAUGAAACCAGCCCUAACGUCAGCCUGAAUGUCCAUGAAGCUAGAGUGCCCAGUGACCUGUUACGCUCCCAUGUUACUGCCAGUCCCUUUGUCACAGACUUCACAAGCUUGGAGUAUGCUGGAGGAAGUGUGCUGUACGUGGCCACAAGUAGUGGGCGUGUAUCUGCCUGGGACACCCGCAGUAACACCUGCUUUAUCCACUGGGAGGCAGACUUCUCUGACAUAGAUUUUCUGGUGUGUCGUCAUGGUCGCCUGUUAACAGCCAGCUCAGGUAGGAACCUCAGGUUGUGGUCUGUCCAGGACAUAGAAGGUCUCAAGUCUCAUGGAGAGAGCCUCCAUAAUGGAGGGCUGACCAUGGAGGAUGAGAUGAGCUUGGAUGGAGCAGUGGCAUCUAUAGCCUUUGAUGAUAUACUAGAGAUGGGAAUAGUGGGUACGAGUUCUGGAACUCUCUGGUAUAUCAACUGGUCAGAGAGAACCAGCAUCCGCCUCGUGUCCGGUCAUUCCAAACAGGUGAAUGGUGUGGGUAUGAGUGUUGCCUGCCCAAAUCACUUUGUUACCUGUGCUGACGAUGGUAGCCUGAGGGUGUGGUCAGUGGCUGACAGAGAACAGGUGCUACAAUUCCAGGUGACAGAUCAGAAGUGUAGCUGUUUGACAGUGUCUCCCGAGAGUAGGGACAGGCCUGGGAGAAGCGGUAACCAGGCAGGGCGACCACAGAUGCCAUACGUGGCUGGUGGUUAUACUGAUGGCACAGUGAGAAUGUUUGACAUUGACAAGGUGGAGAUGGUUCUCAAACUCCAUCCUCAUGCUGUGUCUGUCACAGCUAUCAGCUUCUCAGAUCAUGGUCGUAUGAUCUUGUCAGGAGGAAGUGAUGGUCUAAUCGCAGUCAGCAGUCCAACCACAGGCCUUACGGUCAGGGUCAUCACAGAUCAUAAAGGCGCUCAUAUCACCAACUUUGAUGUCACGGCCUCACAGGAACAAGAAUUCGGGGUGUCAGCUCCUGUUCUGUGGUUGGCCUGUAGUAUUGAUAGACGCGUCAGUGUGUGGUCAGCUGACUGGUCCAAGGAUUUCUGUGAGCUUGUUGAUUGGCUGACCUUCCCAGCUCCAGCCUAUGCACCUGAAGGAUCUGUGAAGCUAAAAUCUGGCCAGGAUCUGCAGAAUACUUUACCACCAAGUCUGGCAAAGUUCUCUACUGAUGAACCAGACAUCAUUGUGUACAUUGGCUAUGGGAUGCAGAGACAAGUCAGCUUUUACAGUAUGGCACAGAGAAAGGUUGUGCGUACAGCAGCCCUCACUCACUGGGGAACCUGUCUGGACAUUUGCCCUACUGGCUCCCUCAUGGCACUUGGGUCUAAAGAGCGGCUGGUGAAGCUUAUGGAUUAUUACGAGGGCAGUUUCCAGGACUUCACUGGGAUGAAUGACUCUAUGCAGGUGGUGAAGUUUUCCCCUGAUGGCAGACUACUCUUCACAGCCGCACACUCGGAGAUCUUUGUCUGGGAGGUUCUUGUCUAAGAUGUCUCUACUGUCGUGUCUCAACAAAAGACCUGUCUAGGAGGUUCUCCAGUAGGAUGUCUCUACCGUCAUGUCUCAAGAAAAGACCUGUCUAGGAGGUUCUCCUGUAGGAUGUCUCUACUGUGAUGUCUCAACAAAAGACCUGUCAAGGAGGUUCUCCUGUAGGGGGUCUCU